AUGAUUCUUAAGGCAAGAACGGAGGAUUUGACUAGUCGUGACACGGACGACGAUAAAUAUUCUUUGUUGACCGGAACCAGCACAUCUCUUCAGGAUAGCAGCGGAAGUACAAUUACAGGCUCUAUUAGAGCCAACUACGAACGUAAUUUCGAAGAUCGUAUCUUGUAUGGACAAAGUGGUGCUCGCAGAUUUAGUUAUAAAAAAAGAAAGACUUGCAGCGGAAAUGGAAUAUUUAGCGCUCCUCCCGGCGUCAGUCCCCAUCAUGUUAAAUCAUCUAUUAUCCGUCGCAACACAAAUGGAUCUCGAUUAAUUUUUGUGUGGCCACAAAAACCGCCAAGAAGUAGAUUAUUAAGAAUAUUAGCUCCUCUUAUGCAUGGAAUCCUCAUUGGAUUUCUGUUCAUGGAUGCCGUUCAUCUUUGGCCAGGAGAAUUUUUACCUACGUCGUUGCCUUCCAUAAUACCCGUCCCUUUACCACCCGUGAAAUGUAACGUAAUUGAACCACGAUGGUUCGACAAUAGUUAAAUGUUAUGAUCUUUCCUUUGAUACUGAAGUCGCGUAGGUUAAAUUCGCCUUCG